AGGAGGGCAGGCGGUGGCGGGGCCGCCCGCCUCGCUGUCCGCUUCACGCCGCCGGCCCACGCCGCAGUGUGUUUCGUGGACGGCGCCUUCCCAGACAGCCCGGUAGAGCCCAGCUCGGCGCCCGGCAGCCUUCGUCGCGAUGUUCCGCCGGAGCUUGAAUCGUUUUUGUGCUGGAGAAGAGAAAAGAGUUGGAACUCGCACAGUGUUUGUUGGCAAUCAUCCAGUCUCAGAAACAGAAGCCUACAUUGCACAGAGAUUUUGUGAUAAUAGAAUAGUCUCGUCCAAGUAUACGCUUUGGAACUUCCUCCCAAAGAAUCUGUUUGAACAGUUUAGAAGAAUUGCAAAUUUCUAUUUUCUCAUCAUUUUCCUUGUACAGGUCACAGUAGACACACCAACGAGCCCCGUUACCAGUGGACUUCCGCUGUUCUUUGUAAUAACUGUUACAGCCAUCAAGCAGGGAUACGAGGAUUGGCUGAGACACAGAGCUGACAAUGAAGUCAACAAGAGCACCGUUUACAUUAUUGAGAAUGCAAAGCGAGUGAGAAAAGAGAGUGAGAAGAUCAAGGUUGGUGAUGUAGUAGAGGUACAGGCAGAUGAGACCUUCCCCUGUGAUCUUAUUCUCCUGUCGUCUUGUACCAGCGACGGAACCUGCUACGUCACCACAGCCAGUCUUGACGGGGAAUCCAAUUGCAAGACCCAUUAUGCAGUACGUGAUACCAUUGCACUAUGUACAGCCGAAUCCAUUGAUACCCUCCGAGCAGCGAUUGAAUGUGAACAGCCUCAACCUGACCUCUACAAGUUUGUUGGGCGAAUCAACAUCUAUAGUGAUUGUCUUGAGGCUGUCGCCAGGUCUUUGGGACCAGAAAAUCUCUUGUUGAAAGGAGCUACACUAAAAAAUACCAAGAAGAUAUAUGGAGUUGCUGUUUACACUGGAAUGGAAACCAAAAUGGCUUUGAACUACCAAGGGAAAUCUCAGAAACGUUCUGCUGUUGAAAAAUCCAUUAAUGCCUUCCUGAUUGUAUAUUUAUUCAUCUUACUGACCAAAGCUGCAGUGUGCACAACUCUAAAGUAUGUUUGGCAAAGUACCCCAUAUAACGAUGAACCUUGGUAUAACCAAAAGACUCAGAAAGAGCGGGAGACUUUGAAGGUUUUGAAAAUGUUCACCGACUUCCUGUCAUUCAUGGUACUAUUCAACUUUAUCAUUCCUGUAUCCAUGUAUGUCACCGUGGAAAUGCAGAAAUUCUUGGGCUCCUUCUUCAUUUCGUGGGAUAAGGAUUUCUAUGAUGAAGAAAUUAAUGAAGGGGCCCUGGUUAACACAUCAGACCUUAAUGAAGAACUUGGGCAGGUGGAUUAUAUAUUUACAGACAAGACUGGAACGCUCACUGAAAAUAGCAUGGAAUUCAUUGAGUGCUGCAUAGAUGGGCACAAGUAUAAAGGUGUAGCCCAGGAGACCGAUGGACUCUCUCAGACUGAUGGACCCUUAACCUAUUUUGACAAAGCAGAUAAGAACCGAGAGGAGCUCUUUCUCCGUGCCUUGUGUUUAUGUCAUACCGUGGAAGUGAAAAGCAACGAUGCUGUGGAUGGCCCUGCAGAAUCCGCUGAACUGACGUACAUGUCCUCUUCCCCAGAUGAAAUAGCUUUGGUGAAAGGAGCUAAAAAGUAUGGGUUCACGUUCAUAGGAAACCGGAACGGCCAUAUGAGAGUGGAGAACCAAAGAAAAGAAAUAGAACAGUAUGAACUUCUUCACACCUUAAACUUCGAUUCUGUCCGUCGUCGUAUGAGUGUAAUUGUGAAGACUCAAGCAGGAGACAUACUUCUCUUUUGUAAAGGAGCAGACUCCGCGGUUUUCCCCAGGGUGCAAAAUCAUGAAAUUGAGUUAACGAAAGCCCAUGUGGAACGGAACGCCAUGGAUGGGUAUCGGACACUCUGUGUAGCCUUCAAAGAAAUUGCCCCAGAAGAUUAUGAAAGAAUUAACAGACAGCUCAUUGAGGCGAAAAUGGCCUUACAAGACAGAGAAGAAAAAAUGGAAAAGGUUUUUGAUGAUAUUGAGACAAAUAUGAAUUUAAUUGGAGCCACUGCUGUGGAAGACAAGCUGCAAGAUCAGGCAGCUGAGACCAUUGAAGCCCUCCAUGCGGCGGGUCUGAAGGUCUGGGUGCUCACCGGGGACAAGAUGGAGACGGCCAAAUCUACAUGCUACGCGUGCCGCCUUUUCCAGACCAGCACCGAGCUCUUAGAACUGACUACGAAAACCAUCGAGGAAAGUGAGAGGAAGGAAGAUCGAUUACAUGAAUUGCUGAUAGAAUACCGGAAGAAGUUGCUGCACGAUUUUCCUAAAAGUACUAGAAGCCUUAAAAAAGCAUGGACAGAACAUCAGGAAUAUGGACUAAUCAUCGAUGGCUCCACACUGUCGCUCAUACUCAAUUCCAGUCAAGACUCCAGUUCCAACAACUACAAAAGCAUUUUCUUACAGAUUUGCAUGAAGUGCACCGCGGUGCUGUGCUGCCGGAUGGCGCCGCUACAGAAAGCCCAGAUUGUCAGAAUGGUGAAGAAUCUAAAAGGCAGCCCCAUAACACUGUCGAUAGGCGAUGGUGCCAACGAUGUUAGUAUGAUCUUGGAAUCCCAUGUGGGAAUAGGUAUUAAAGGCAAAGAAGGUCGCCAAGCAGCCAGGAAUAGCGAUUAUGCCGUUCCGAAGUUUAAACAUUUAAAGAAACUGCUGUUGGCUCACGGACAUCUAUAUUACGUGAGAAUAGCACACCUUGUACAGUAUUUCUUCUACAAGAACCUUUGUUUCAUUUUGCCACAAUUUUUGUACCAGUUCUUCUGUGGAUUCUCACAACAGCCUCUGUAUGAUGCUGCUUACCUUACAAUGUACAACAUCUGCUUCACAUCCUUGCCCAUCCUGGCCUACAGUCUCCUGGAACAGCACAUCAACAUUGACACCCUGGCCUCUGACCCCCGGCUGUAUAUGAAAAUCUCUGGCAAUGCCAUGCUCCAGUUGGGACCCUUCUUAUAUUGGACGUUUCUGGCUGCAUUUGAAGGGACAGUGUUCUUCUUUGGGACUUAUUUUCUUUUUCAGACGUCAUCCCUAGAAGAAAAUGCAAAGGUAUAUGGAAACUGGACUUUCGGAACCAUUGUUUUUACGGUCUUAGUAUUCACUGUAACUCUGAAGCUCGCCUUGGAUACCCGUUUCUGGACGUGGAUAAAUCACUUUGUGAUUUGGGGUUCUUUAGCCUUUUAUGUAUUUUUCUCAUUCUUCUGGGGAGGAAUUAUUUGGCCUUUUCUCAAACAACAGAGAAUGUAUUUCGUGUUUGCCCAAAUGCUAUCCUCUGUAUCUACGUGGUUGGCCAUAAUUCUUCUAAUAUUUAUCAGCCUUUUCCCUGAGAUUCUCCUGAUAGUCUUAAAGAAUGUAAGAAGAAGAAGUGCCAGGAAUCCGAAUCUUGAACUGCCUAUGUUAUUGUCCUACAAGCAUAUUGACAGUGGUUACAGCUAAAAAAGAAAGCAUGAAGAAACAACUACGAAAAGUUGUCAUCUCAGGAUACUCAAUAUGCAACAAACUAAACCCCUCUCUUAUGUCUAGGGUUCAGAAUAAAUGUCCAUCAGAAUACCAAAUGACUUGUAAACAUUUACAGUUAUCGUAAGUAGCCUUGAUGGCCAAAGCUCUAAGUUACAAAUUCUAUGAAAGUUGAAAGCAAGAAUAAUUACAAUUUCUGGCUUUAGAUAGACUACUAUAACUACCAAGUGGGUGCUCUUUUAACCCAUGAACUCUGUGAAUGGAUUUAAAUAUAAUAGUAUAAAGUAGAAGUCCUACAAUGGGAAUGAAUAGAUUUUGCUAAUAUUACUUUUUUUUUUUGCCUGGCAGAAGAAAUAGGCUGUUUGGAUCACAUUUCUUGUUCCUGCUGAAUGAUAAUCUUAAAUUAUUUUUUUCUUCAAACACAUGAAAGGAAUACUUGAAAAUACAAGAAGACUAAAUGGUAUCAGUGCAUCAGAAUAGUUAAUCCUUUCUGUUCACCCACAUGCUAAUUCUGUCUUCAUAGAAUAUCCUUGCCAAAAAAUAACCUUGAGACCUUAUGUGGAAAGAAUGUUAAUCCUGGAUAUUUUUGUGAGAAUUCAAAGUUACUGAUUUUAUUUUUGUUCUUCUGAAUUAAACCCCACCUCAUGGAUGUAUGGCUACUUGAUUAUUUUCAAAAUAAAACAUUUUCAGUCACUUCGUAAGUAGCCCGUCAAAAGAGUUAAGAUAGAACAGAUUUUUUCCAAUAUUCGUUUUACUGGGAUCUGAGGUGGGAUAGGCAAAACCAUAGUUACAUAAAACAAAAGCCAUCUGAACGUCAGUCUUUUGAUCUUUUUGUGGAGAAGUGAAAAAAGAGCUUCUUUCCAACUGUUAGUGGGUAGUUUUUGAAAGAGACUGCGUUUGUGCAUAUAUGCAGCACUUUUUUUUGAAGUUGCCAAUUUGGGAAGGAGGGAUCCGUCCCAAGACCGUGAUUUCGCCUGAAGAGCCAUGACUCUGAACUUGAAUGUUUUCUCGUAGCAAACACGGUUAGGUGAUGUUCUAACUCUAAACCGUGAGGCUCACCUUGGUGAAGUCCUCGACUUCCUGGACUAGAAGGAAGCUUUAGCUGCCUCCAGAGUUCACUUAACACAUAAAAAUAAAUGUGAAAUAUCUUUAUUAGAUGUCAAAACUAAACACAUCUUUUUGGAUAAAAUGGCUACAUUUGACUACUAGGUUGAAAUGGGCUCUUAAAAGGUGUUUCCAAAAGCGCCUGGCUGGCGCAGUCAGUAGAGCACGCGACUCUUAGAUCUCAGGGUCGUGCGUUUGAGCCCCGUGUUGGGCAUAGAGAUUACUUUUUUAAAAAAGUGUUUUCAUACCAGUUUCCAUGUUUGGUUGUCUUUCUGGCAUGCCUGUGCUAUUAUUAGUGUUUCUAUUGUACCUUGCUUUAAAAAAGUGUUGGACUCAAUCUACACCAGUGUAUUUAUACGGUCCAUAUGGCACAUUUGGUUUCUCCAUGUAUUGUGUUCCAUGUUUAGGUGUAAUUUUUCUUAAAUUCUAGGAAGGACAUAAUUCCAGUUAUCGGAAGCCAUUCCAUCCAUCAUUAUGACCCUUUUACAUUAUUUCAUUUGUUCUCCUCUAUAGCAGUAUUAUUUUUGAGGCUUUUGUUAGAUGUCCUUCACAGCUUACAUAUGUGUGCUGUGUUCUGGUAGCCAGUGUUUGAGGUGACCUGCUGAAAACAAAGUCUGUCUAUUCUUCGCCUAUUCCAAAGAGCUAACCAAUCAGACCCAGGAAAGCUUUUGAUGUUUUGUUCUUGUUCUCGUUCUUGUUCUGGUUGUCGCCGUGUUGUUGCUGUCUCACAGAAGUACUGUAUGGAAUGUGAAUACACACGAGAGGCCCACAAUUUAGAGAGAGGCUCGCGUAGCGCAAACCACUGGAGAGCGGCCUCAUCAGAGUGUGCAGGGUAGGGGACCUACCUGUAACUGGUGGUGUGGCGCAUUCCUUGCAGCCGGGAAGAAGGGGGACUCGGGGACUUGAGGUCCUGUCUCAGCUGCACGUUGACGCUGCAGCUCAGAUUCCCAAUGGCAAUGAUCGUGGCCUAGAUCCUUGAGAGGCACCUUUCCUUUGUGAAAGGUAUUUUAUUAAUGAGCUAGAAGAUGGCUAGCAGGGAUUAGCAGAUGUAACAACUCGAAGUAAGCCGCCCUCCAGUGGCCAUCGCACCACAAUCUACCCACCUUAUUUUGUGACAGAGAAAGGGGGAAAAUGUAAUAGCAGGACCAGGUGCCCAUCAUUUGAACGAUUAAACUAUCAAGAUGUCCUUGUGAUUUUCACAACUGUCAUCCAUCGUUCGAAGGUGUAACCUACUAAAUGUAAACCAUCAAUUCCAUAUCUACAGCAUCUACACCAGCAGCAGUAUACAUGUAAGCCGAAAUUGGCAAGAUUCAUGAUAAUUUAGUGAUAGAAUUUUUUAAUAACAUGCAGUACAUAAAUGUGCAGAUUUUAUGCAAGUGUUAACCAAACCACUUUUCAGCUUGCAAAAUGGGACUGCAAUACUACAUUUUUCACUUAAGCAAUUUUUUUACAUCCACGUCGUUGCUUUCUAUAAUGACUGUGAAUGCCAUCUUUUAUGAAUGCAACUUGCCUUUUUCAUUACAGAAAUUUUUGUUUGAUGUAUCAAUAAACUUUGGUAUGAUACGAUU